GGUCAUACCAUCUGGCAACACGGAAUUCAGUCUCAGCUCACGCCUCAAUGCCAAAUCACAAGUGUAAAUAGCAUCACAGGAUCACAUUCAAAAUUUAACAUCAGUGCAAAAUGAGUGAUUCAAGAAUACCGCUGAUAUCCAACGAAAAAAUAUUCUUCCAACAAGAGACAGAUAAUGCUGCCCGACACGACAGACAGGCGAACCUAACUCCUCAGAAGUUUUCCUGGUUACUACGACACUCGCCGGCUGUCGCAGAGCAUAUGGACACGGACGCGUUCGUGAGUUUCGAUGCGCUGGAGCAAAUAGCCGACGCCAGUAAGGCUCGCAUGCUUGAGAUUAUAGCCGAAGACCGAAAGGGACGUUUUGAGAUUCGCGGGGAGGAAGUGCGUGCUGUUAAUGGUCAUAGUGUGCACUUUUGUGAAAACUACGAAAUAGUUCAACCGCCAGAGUUCCUAUACCAUGCCACGAACAACAAGGCACUACCGCUGAUAAUGAAGGGAGCAUUGACACGAAUGGGUCGACAUUUUAUACACAUGUAUGAGACACCACCCCCUAAAACCUCUGUUCGAUAUAGAUUAUUAAGAAUCCGACCCCCAGAAAGUCACACUUUCUACAAGACGAAGAAUGGAUACAUUCUAUGCAGAGAGGACAUACCAGCGGAAUUCAUUGAAAUAUUAAGUUGAAUUUGUUUCAAUUGAAUGAAUACUUUGUUUGAUGACUGCAAUGAAAAUGAUCAAAACAACGAAAUAAAAUCGCCUUUGGUUGCAGAUAAAAUUUG